UUCCCAGCCAAGUCACAGCGGCCCCAAAGUGCUGGGGAUGAAGCUGGGGGUCGCCUGCCUCCUGUGGCUGCUGCUCGUCUGCCUGAGCCUGCCCGCCACCCACGGCCGCGUCCUGGAGCGCUCCAUGGAGAUCAGGAACCCGGACAUCGACCCCUCGUGGUACACGGGCCGCGGGAUCCGGCCCGUGGGGCGCUUCGGGAGGCGGCAAGCGCUGGGCGGGGGCACCGGGCCGCGGGGCUGCGCAGCUCCCCGCCCUCCCCGGCUGGAGCUGAACCCCUGA